ACCCUGCUUAAAGUAAAUUCUAUAGUCCGUGAACUACAUCUGUGGAAUUGGUUUAUUCUGUGCUGAGGACUGUCGUAGAGUUUAGGUACCAGCAUGGUAGAAGAAAUACAAAAUAAACUUCAAUUAGAAGUUGAUAAGUAUAAAGCUGUUCAGAAAGACUACCACAAAGCUCUUGCACAGCGCCAGCAACUGGACGGACAAUUAAACGAGAAUACUGCAGUCAAACAGGAAUUGGACUUGCUUCGUAAAGAUGCAGAAGUGUUCAAGCUGAUAGGGCCAGUGCUAGUGAAACAAGAUCUGGAAGAAGCAAAGCAGAAUGUUUCCAAACGAAUGGACUACAUCCGCAGUGAACUGAAACGAAUAGAUGACAUGAUUACAGGGCUGGACAAGAAGCAGGAUGCACAUCGCGAAGCCAUCAAUAAACUGCAGCAGCAGUUCCAGCUGAUGCAAAUGAAGAAGGCAUAAAGCCCUUGUUUUGUUAUUACUUCAUCUCUUUCUGUCAGUCUGAUUAUUUUUAAACGAGUCUUGAACUGCUGUACUUCCGAAUACAAGCUGUAUCUAUUUAAUAAAAUUUAAAGUUAUAACAAAA